AUGCCGCCGAAGUCUAAGACGACAGAGAAGGUUAGCAAAUGGGGCACUGGCCUCUUCGAGAACGACGCAGAUCUAUCCAUCGUCCGUGAUCUAACACGAGAGUCGGGCUUUGAAGAGGCUGGCUCAACCAACUUCCUCUACCUAGGGCACCCGAAAGCACAUGAAUAUCGCAGAUGGUUCGAUUCUGGAGCUCUGAACAAAAUGCUCAAGAAACGCUUGUCGGUCGACGAUACCACAAUCUUUGCAGGCCAAGAUGACAAAGAUUCAAUGUGGCUCUAUCCGCCCAACAGAUGUCGUGGCUAUCAUCUCUGCUUGCUUGGAGCUGUCAUGAUGACACUCGGCUGCAAAAUUCGACCCGACUUCCGCAAAUCUUUGGAAGAACUGCAUACCAAAGUAGGCUUUUCUCGCAAUGCUCAGGUCCAGCUUCGCCAUGCGCUCAACAUCUAUGUUGAUGGUACCGCCUACGACUUCCGAUCCAAGUCUCGUCCUGUUGGCCUCGAUAACGACGAUUGGGCAUCAGACAGUAUGUGGGGCGAUCUCAGUGAAUCUCUGUGCAAGCUGGAUGAUAGCGUCGACCCUUUCAUGAAACAGCUCGCACGACAAAUGUUUGGUCCCCUGAUGAAGUGUGUUAUUGCUGGUGACAACGAGAAACCUCAAGAUGCCUGUGGCUAUUGUGGCAACAAGAAGGCGGACGAUGGCUCGCCCUGCCAGCCCUGUUCUCAAUGUAAUCAACGACUCUACUGCAGUCGCAAGUGGUAUGCUUGGCUCUUGUCUCAUAUAGGAAGAUCACUGUAUGCUGACCGUAUCAUAGUGAGCUUGCACACCGUCCUCAGCACAAGUUGGUCUGCAACGACCGAUUUUAUCGAAUCAUGGGCAACGCUUGGGCCAAGGCUCAGAAGGCUGCCAUCGCAGCCGAAGCACAGGGGUCUUCUUCGGCCAGCGAAGAGGGUGACCAGACGACUGACAAUGCCAGCCGAGUCAAUACUUCAUCGACAGAUGUCACUUCUGCUUCGGCUUCCGCUUCUGCAUCAAUUGCCAACAGCAGCGAUGACUUUGACGACAUGCCUACGUGUGGCAACUGUGGUGUGGAAGCAACUUUUGAACAACCGCUUCUACUGUGCAGAAAGUGCAAGAAACAGCACUACUGCAACAAGAAAUGCCAAAAGUCACACUGGUCUGCCCACAAGAGGCUCUGUCUGGCCUCGACCACAACUUGAGAUAGUUUCUUCAGCUCAGUGCUAG